UAAGGGAGAGUGAUUUGGGGAGAGUGAUUAAGGGAGAGUGGUUUGGGACAGAGAUUAAGGGAGAGUGAUUUGGGAAGAGUGAUUAAGGGAGAGUGGUUUGGGGAGAGUGAUUAAGGGAGAGUGGUUUGGGAGAGAGAUUAAGGGAGAGUGAUAAUGGAAGAGUGAUUAAGGGAGAGUGAUUUGGGGAGAGUGAUUUGGGGAGAGUGAUUAAGGGAGAGUGAUUUGGGAAGAGUGAUUUGGGGAGAGUGAUUAACUUGCGAGUAUUAUAGAGUUAGGAGAUCUUAUGUUUCAAUACAAAUAUCCAUAUUUGACGCUACUUAUUAAUAAUGUAACGCAAAAACAAAAAGUGUAUAAUAUAUUUAUAAAUCAAUUAUCUGUCCCACCUCUACUGAACAGUACAUAAAAGCAGUACAUCUGAUCAGGUAAUAUGUGUAAUAUUGGGUUUACAAUUCAGUAAUGCUGACAAUUUUAAAACAUUAAACUCCAGAUAUAAACAUUUUAAAAUACAGUUAUAAUCCCAUUAAAUUCCAGUUAUAAAGCUUUUAAAUUUACCUUUACAGUCUAAAACCUGUUUACUGGAAAAUAAAACUGAAAUAUACAUGUAAGAUUUCUUAGCAUUUUUAGGAAAACACAUCAUUCUAAUUCCUAAAAUUAAAGGAAAGUUCUGGUCAAGGGGUUAAUUAACAUUUUUAUUUAAGUUGUGCUCUUAGGUAGUGAGGACUCGCUCUCGGGCUCCAUCUAGCGGUAAUGUCUGAUAUAACGGGGGAAUCCGCUGAUUUAUCCUCCUGUACCCCAGGAGGCGGUAAGAAGCGGCCCCGACAGCCUCUAUCCCAAAAACUACAGCUCCCAUGAGGCUGUGCGGCGGUGUAUAGGCGGAGUGAGGAGAAUCUGCAGGAGGAGGAGACAGGCUGAGGUCAGGUGAUCAGAGAUCAGGACUUGAGCAUUAAUGUAAGAAAAUGACGUUGAGAAGCUCCAGCGCAUCUUCAGAAUUUCUCCACACUGAACCUUCCGGCACAGGAAUGCAGAACGAUACAGUCCAGAGAACCUAUCAGUGCUCCGAGUGCGGGAAGAGCUUUAAGCGGCAGACCUAUCUCAGCACUCACCAGAGAAUUCAUACUGGAGAGAAACCGUACCAGUGCUCCCAGUGCGGAAAGUGUUUUAGUGUUCAGAGCAAUCUGCAGAUACACCAGCGCACUCACACUGGCGAGAAGCCCUACCAGUGCUCCCACUGCGGGAAGAGCUUCACCGUCCUGAAUAACCUUCAAAGACACCAGCGGACUCACUCCGGCGAGAAGCCGUACCGCUGCUCCGACUGCGGGAAGAGCUUCGCCAGACAGAACCAUCUCCAGCUCCACCAGAGGAUUCACACCGGAGAGAAGCCAUGCUCCUGCCCGGUUUGUGGGAAAAGCUUCACCAGACAGAAUCACCUCCUGCUCCACCAGCACGUUCACACUGGAGAGAAACCGCACUGCUGCUCGGACUGCGGCCAGAGUUUUAGAGACGGAGGCAGUCUCCGAACACACCGGCGAAUUCACACCGGGGAGAAACCGUACGACUGCUCCCACUGCGGAAGGAGCUUCACCAGGGCUGGUCAUCUGCUGCUACACCAGCGCAUCCACACCGGAGAUAAGCCAUACUACUGCUCAGAAUGUGGGCGGAGCUUCAGACAUUCAAACACCUUAAAGACACACAAGUGCAUCUUCAGGGAGGAGCAGAAUAACGACACCUGUAGCUGAUUUGGGUUUAAGGUCCGAUGUGUAAACGAUCCUCUACCAGAUCACUGCGAUCAGGUUCUGAUCUACCUGAGAUGUUUUACAGGAUUUUUAGAAUUCUUAUAUUACGAAUAAAAAUCCUCCCCAGAACUGUUCAGCUUUAUUGUGUGUGUUACAUUGUGUAUGUGUGUUUGAAUGUGUGUUAGAUUGUGUGUGUGUGUGUUAGAGUGUGUGUGUUUAAAUGUGUCUUUGAGUGUGUGUUAGAUUGUGUGUGUGUGUGUUUAAAUGUGUCUUUGAGUGUGUGUUAGAUUGUGUGUGUGUGUGUGUGUGAGAGAGAGAGAGAGGAGUAGUCUGUUCUGUUCUGAAGCUCUUCGAAUCAUUAACUCAGGUGAACGGAUUGUACAGGAAAAUGAUUCUGUAUUGUAAAGUUUUUUAAUAAAGCGCUGCAAUCUA